AUGGUUAACAAAAAUGAAAUAAAAGAGAUUCAAAUGGAAGCAGUUGCGUGGGUAAAAACUGUCGAUGAUAUCUGGAAACACUUAGAAAGAAAGCAUUUCAACCCCCAAUUGGAGACUAAAAUUGGAUGUGGAAUUAGAUUCUUUGCAAAAAACAUUGAAGCGUGCGGAGAAUUCAACGAAAUUAUUUUGAAACUUGCUGAUUGCUUCAACGUUGCCUUGGAUCUGAAACUAGUGAAAUGGACUGUUCGAGAUAUAAAUGCAAUGUUAAUGAUGAUAACCUCAUUACUUCUCAAACGCAAAGAUGAGGUUAUAAUCAGAAAAACAGCUUCAAUAUUCAAAAAGUGUAUUGAACAGUUGGAUCGGGACAGAAAAGAUGAUUUAACGACUAUCAUUAAAUUACAUACGAGACCAGUAAACUUAAUAUUGCACAAAAUGAGCAAAGUUUCAACUUUUUACACGCAAUUAAAAAUUCUGGAUCUUUUCAAUCUUACUUUGAAACAUUUCGAAGAUGGCGGCUUCGAUAUAAUCAGCAAUUAUAAACUUUUUGCAUCUUGCAAUGAAAAUGUCAUUCAAAAUGCAAUACAAAUGUUCAAGGCUAUUGAUGAGAAGCAUUUUUUUGAAACUUCACGUCCAUUUCUCGAAAUUUUCAAUCGACACAACCUUCCUUCGCCUUUUAUUUAUUCUUUUAAGGGAUUCGUUAUGGAUGUUAAUAAUGCUUCGCUUCCAUUGCAACAAGAAGUGACAAUUGACUUCAAUUUGCGACAACUUUCAAUUUCCUUCUUUAUUGAGAUUUCGGAUCAAACAUUUUGCUUAGAAAUGGAGGAGUGUGAAGCAUUCGCUGAGAAAAAUAAGUUUAUUGAUCCGAAUCAGGUUGAAUUGAAGCUUAAACCAGCCCGUUUUCAUUUUUUGAACGAAUCUGAUGAAGUUGUUCACGUGUUUGAUCAACUUGAUGCUGUCAUUCUGGUGUUCACAGAUCAAGAUGUUUUCUUUUCAAUUAUUUAUCCCAUUUUGAAGACCAAAUCUUCAUUAGCUGCUGAUAUGACUGAUCAAGAAUCAAUGUUCAGUUAUCACACAAUUAAAUCGGUUAUUACUGCAAAUAAACAGAAGGAACAAUCGAAACCAAUUGUAGCUCUUGAUAACAUCAAACAAACUGUUGAUCCACCAAAACAUGUCCCUGAAGCGAUUGUGCCAAUCGAUUUGUCGAAAUUAAACCUUGAGAAUAAAACUCAAGAUACAGUGAAAACACGUCAAACAGCUAAAGUUGGACCAACUUUGAAACAAACUACAAUUUAUGAUGAAAUUCCAACUGACAAUGAUCCACUUCCACCAGCACGACAAUAUUUUCAACAAUGUCGCAUCAAUCGUCAGAAUAAACGCCAAAGUAAUAACAUAAAUAACAUAAACAAAAAAUAUGAAAAAUAUUUGAUGUCACCAGAAAUGCCCACUAAAAUGAAAGGAAAAGAGGCUAAGAAAAUUUCAAUUAAAAGAAAUCUAAAAGCAAAAACGAAGACUGUGAAAAAUCCACCGAAACCUCGAGGCAAGACUGCGGCUUUUAAAAAAGUUGGUGAACGAGUAAAAAAAUCUCCGAAACAGCAGAGUUUGCAGAAGGAAAAGGAAAAUCAAGAACCGGAAUUACCAACAACCAGUCGUGGUCGUGGAUUCAAUGCAGAAAUUAUGAAAUUGAGAAACACAAUGACAAACGUAAAUCGAACUUACUCCAUCAACUAUUCAACUGAGGAUGAAGGCAAUGAUGCAGAAUGGAAAAAGAAUCGUGAGAAAAUCAUUGCAAAGAAUUCCCGCAAACGACCAUUGAAAGAAAAACCAGAGAGCGAAGUAACCCAAAAACAAGCAAUAACAGAGGAAAUCUAUGCUGAUGUUCUAAUAGAAAUAAUUCCAAAUGCUAAUAAAAAAUUGAAAACAACUUUAAAAGAUGAUGAAAUGAAGAUUGAAAAUUUCCAUCAAGAAAGCCGAAAUGUCUUCAAAAUUAAUGAAAAUAAAGAAGAAACUAAGAUUGUUAAGAAUACUCGUAUUGGUGUCGAGAAAUUGCCAAGUACUCAACAAAUUACUGAUUCUUAUCGACAAAACAAAGUGUCGUUCAAUGAAAAUUUACAUUUCUUCUCAAAAACUCCUUCAUCAUCGCCAAAAUCUUUGAAAAACGUUGAAAUAACACCUGAAGAUGAAACAAACAAAUCUACAAUGAUAGUUAAUCACACUCAGGUUGAACAUUCAUCAUUAAUUCCUCAAAAUCCUUCACAGUCUCCAAAUGAUGAAAUUAAAUUUAAUUUCGAAACUUUGAAGAAUAAUGAAAUUCUUCAUAAAUUUAUUAAUGACUCUAAUAACAAUAAUAAUCAACAAUCAGAGAACGACAACAAAGUUCACGACAAUAAUGAUGGAGUUGAUUAUCAGAUUGUGGCUAAAACGCAAACAAUUCAAAAAACGCAAACAAUUCAAAAAACGCAAACAAUCCAAAAGUCAAUUGGUAGCAAUUUGACUCAGGAUGUCAACAUUUGUAUUGCUGAGCAGAAAAUCGUCAAAGACAAACCACGAGAUGCAAAGAAACUCGUUCCAAACAAGAAAGAAGAACCACUUUCCCUGCUUUACAAGAAGAAAGCAAAGGAAAUGUUACAGCCGAUUUGGAACGAGAUGAAGACAUUGAAGUUGAAUAAUUCUUCGAACCUGAUAAACGAUUCAUUAAAAAAAGAAGUUUCCAAAGCAAUGCAAAGAAAUAAAGAAUUAAAAAAUCAUUUAAAUCAACAUGUGAAGCUGCUCAAACGACUUCAACACUCGAAGACUAAAUUGAAGCAGUUGACUGAUGAAGAUGUUGCUAAUUCUGCUGCACUUGUAGUCGCCUUACAGAACGCUGAAACUGAAAAGCAAAAUAAAAUUAAGGAUAUUCAGAUGAAACUUGAUGCUCUUAGCAAGAAAGCAUCAAAAAUUAAUGAAGAAAUUAAGCGAAAAAUUUGGAAGAAAUACGUUGAUAAAAUUUCUGCAGAUUUGCAAUUGAUGCUUCAAACGAGUUCCAAAAUUUAA